CGCACGCCUCGCGCCGCAGACUCUCGCGAGAAGAGCCUCGCCGGCCGGAAAGAUGGCGCUCUCCAGUCCCCGGGAGUCCAAGGCCCAGGCGGCGCCCAGCGCUACCAAACCCGACGGCGAGAUGGUGCUGCCGGGCUUCCCGGACGCGGACAGCUUCGUGAAGUUUGCUCUUGGGUCGGUCGUGGCAGUCACCAAGGCAUCUGGGGGCCUGCCACAGUUUGGUGACGAGUAUGACUUUUACCGAAGUUUUCCUGGCUUUCAGGCAUUUUGUGAAACACAGGGAGACAGGUUGCUGCAGUGCAUGAGCAGAGUAAUGCAGUAUCAUGGGUGUCGCAGCAACAUUAAGGACCGAAGUAAAGUGACUGAGUUGGAGGAUAAGUUUGAUUUACUAGUUGAUACCAAUGAUGUGAUUCUGGAGAGAGUGGGUAUUUUACUGGAUGAAGCAUCAGGUGUGAAUAAGCAUCAGCAGCCUGUCCUCCCUGCAGGCCUUCAGGUCCCCAAAACAAUAGUGUCCAGUUGGAACCGGAAGGCAGGAGAAUAUGGCAAAAAAGCAAAAUCUGAAACUUUCCGGCUGCUUCAUGCAAAAAAUAUCAUCCGACCUCAGCUCAAGUUCCGAGAGAAGAUGGACAAUUCCAACACCCCAUUUCUUCCUAAAAUCUUCGUCAAGCCCAAUGCCCAGAAACCCCUCCCUCAGGGGAGCUUGUUACCCCCUCCGAAGGUGGAAAAGAGAAAGGUGUGCGUCCCUUUGCUGAUGAUGUUCUUGUCACUGCUUGGGUCUCCAGCUCUCUCUAAAGAAAGGCGAGAAUGCCCACAGGACCGGCCUGAGGACUUGGAUGUGCCCCCUGCCCUAGCAGAUUUCAUCCAUCAGCAACGAACUCAGCAGAUUGAACAGGACAUGUUUGCACAUCCUUAUCAGUAUGAACUAGAUCACUUUACUCCACCAGCUUCAGUGCUGCAAAAGCCACAACCCCAGUUACACAGACCUGUGGAAGAAACUCCCUGCCACUUUGUGUCCUCCCUGGAUGAACUUGUGGAACUCAAUGAGAAGCUCUUAAAUUGUGAAGAAUUUGCUGUAGACUUGGAGCACCACUCUUACAGAAGCUUCUUGGGACUGACCUGCCUGAUGCAGAUUUCCACUCGAACAGAAGACUUCAUCGUGGACACCCUGGAGCUCCGCAGCGACAUGUACAUUCUCAACGAGAGCCUCACAAAUCCCGCCAUCGUUAAGGUCUUCCAUGGUGCCGAUUCUGACAUCGAGUGGCUGCAGAAGGACUUUGGGUUGUACGUGGUGAACAUGUUUGAUACCCAUCAGGCUGCGCGCCUCCUCAACCUGGGCAGGCACUCGCUCGACUACCUGCUGAGACUCUACUGUGGCGUGGAGUCCAACAAGCAGUACCAGCUGGCAGACUGGAGGAUACGGCCUCUACCAGAGGAAAUGCUCAGCUACGCCCGGGACGACACCCAUUACCUGCUGUACAUCUAUGACAAGAUGAGGCUGGAGCUGUGGGAGCGAGGCAACGAGCAGCCCACCCAGCUGCAGGCAGUGUGGCAGCGGAGCAGGGACAUCUGCCUCAAGAAAUUCGUCAAACCUAUCUUCACAGAUGAGUCCUAUCUUGAAUUGUACCGGAAGCAAAAGAAGCAUCUCAAUUCGCAGCAGCUGACAGCCUUCCAGCUGCUUUUUUCCUGGAGGGACAAGACAGCUCGCAGGGAGGAUGAGAGCUUUGGAUAUGUUCUGCCAAACCAUAUGAUGCUCAAGAUCGCUGAGGAGCUGCCUAAGGAACCUCAGGGCAUCAUAGCUUGCUGCAACCCAGUACCGCCUCUUGUACGACAGCAGAUCAAUGAAAUGCACCUUCUAAUCCAGCAGGCUCGAGAGAUGCCCCUGCUCAAGUCUGAGACUGCAGCCGGAGUGAAGAAGAGCGGACCACUGCCAGGUGUUGAGAGGCUGGAGAACAUUCUCUUUGGACCUCACGACUGCUCCCAUGCCCCUCCGGAUGGCCACCCGCUCACCCCAACUGCUGGGCCUGUGCCAGCUCGGAAGCAGGCGAGCCUCUUCACUGACCCAAAAGAGGAGACCCAGUCCCUUCUCGCCACAGCGGUCAUCACCCUAUUUAAUCAGGAACCCAGUGCUGAGGAAAAUGGAAAGACUCCAUUAACAGUCGCACAGAAAAAGGCCCAGAACAUCAUGGAGUCCUUUGAAAACCCAUUCCGGAUGUUCCUGCCUUCGCUAGAGCACCGGGCCCACAUCUCCCAGGCAGCAAAGUUUGAUCCAUCCUCGAAAAUCUAUGAAAUCACCCUGAUGUUCUCCACUGCCACAGCUGAGAGUGGGUGCUGAGAAGCACACUGGACUUGGGGAAGUUCCUUCCUGGAGUCCCAGCUCCUCCAUUUACUGACCGUGUCCCUGAGCAAGUUACCCAGCCUCCCUGGCCUGUUUCCUCAUCUCUCUUUAGUUUUUGAGGGGGUUUUUUGUUUUUUUGGUUUUUGGUGGUGGUAUUGGGGAUUGAACCCAGCCUUUGCAUUGAGCUGCAUCCCCAGCCCUUUUAUCUUGAGACAGGACCUCACUAAGUUGCUAAAUUAUCUGGCCUGGGCUCUAUUGUGCAGUCCUCCUGCAUCAGCCUCCCCAGUGCUCCCCAGUACAGGCAGGCAUCACCAUGCCAAGCUCCCUCCUCAUCUAGGGAAGGGGACAGUGGUGCCAUUGUCCAGGGUUACAGAGGGGGUUGAAUGAGAUGCUGGCUGUGAAAGUCUGCAGCCCAGUGCCCACAGUACAGCUGUACUCUGUCCUGCUCAGGAAGGAUUUUAGAAAUGAAGCCAGGAGAUUUGCUGUUGUGUCCUUAGGUUUGGAACUGGUGGCUGAGGAUGUGUGAGUUACUAGGUUAGCGAGCCCUCUGUUGCCUCCUUACACAUCAGGCACUCCUGAGUAGCAGAGCUCUGGAGUUUCUGUCGUGUCUGUUUUCA